GUGUAUUUGAUUUAGUUUAAAUAUUUGAUUUGUAACUCACAAGUUAAAUAAUUUUAUUAUAUUUUAUAGAAAAACGAUUUCUAUAUUAUUUAUUUUAUUUGUGAAACGUAACAUGUGAAGAUACACAUGGGCAUCAAUAAAUUGCGAUCCAUAAUGAUUUCCCAACCAAUUGUGGUACCUGGGGGUGAACAUCGAUCACAAUCAGAAACUCAUUCUAUGUCUGUUGGAAGUACUUCUGAUUCCUUUAAAACUAUGACACCACCAAAUGUAAGCAGAUCACUUAGUAAUCAACCAGUGGAUCAACAACUUCGACGAAGCAGUGUUCAAGUUCAGUCUGCAACAUUAUCUAAACUUCCAUCAACAGAGUCCUUAUCAACAAGUGUAAAUUUUGCAACUGCUGCACCUCCACUAUCUCCAGGACUAUCUACAAUGGGUGAAGCAAAUCAAAAGAUAGAUAAUGCAUCUGAUAAGUCUUUAGAUUCUUGUAAGUUAACAAGAAAAGAAUCAUAUAAGGCUCAAAGAAAAAAUUACCGAAUGGAAAAGAAAAGAGUUGCCAAUGAACUUUUAAGUUCAUUUAAGGAUCCAACUGUUAUUGUGAUGAGUGAUUGGCUUAAAGUUCGUGGCACAUUAAAAAGUUGGACAAAGCUAUGGUGUAUUCUGAAGCCUGGUUUGCUACUGCUAUACAAAAGUCCAAAAACAAAAAGCAAUCAUUGGGUAGGAACAGUUUUACUUAAUACGUGUCAAGUAAUAGAACGCCCAAGCAAGAAAGAUGGAUUUUGUUUUAAAUUGUUUCAUCCUCUGGAACAAUCAAUAUGGGCUCCAAGGGGUCCAGAGAAAGAAGCCAUUGGUGCUGUUGUACAACCUUUGCCAACAUCUUAUUUAAUAUUUAGAGCACCUUCACAGGCAGCUGGUAAAUGUUGGUUGGAUGCACUUGAAUUAUCUUUACGUUGUUCUUCAUUAAUAGUACGUUCAACAAGUGCAUUGCCACGUGCUCUACCUCAUGAUACUACAACGACUCAUGAAACUCAAUGGAGUGAAGCAGAUUAUGAAAAACACUUUGAUGAACAUGUAGUAAUGCUAGAUCCUAUGCACUCCUCACAUACAGACCUGGAUGACAUUAGCCAGCCGGAGAACGGUGUAACAGCCGAUGUAGAGAUCAGUGCUUCGGAUAGUGAAUCUGAAGGUUCUGCUAAAGAAGAUCAACAAGAAGUUAUUAACGAAACUCCAUAUACCGCGAAUGAACAAGAAGUUCUUGGAGCGGCGGGAGAAGUAGUCACAGAAUUACAAGAAGAACAAAAAUCUUUAAUAUGGUGUUUGAUGAAACAGGUUCGACCAGGCAUGGAUUUAUCAAAGGUAGUCUUACCGACCUUUAUUUUAGAACCUCGUUCGUUCCUAGAAAAGUUGGCUGAUUCUUAUUACCAUGCAGAUUUAUUAUCACAAGCAGUAAUAGAAGAUGAUGCAUUCACACGUAUGAAAGGAGUUGUUAAGUGGUAUUUAUCUGGAUUCUAUAAAAAGCCUCAGGGUUUGAAGAAACCAUACAAUCCACUUUUAGGUGAAACUUUUCGUUGUUAUUGGCAACACUCUAAUGGUUCAAGGACUUUUUAUAUAGCUGAACAACUAUCUCAUCAUCCACCUAUAUCUGGGUUUUAUGUUACAAAUCGCCAAGAUGGAUUUACUAUUAGUGCUACAAUUAUUGCUAAAUCUAAAUUUUACGGAAAUUCAACAUCAGCAAUUCUAGAUGGUGUUGCAAUAUUGACAAUGUUACCCAGAGGAGAAGAUUAUACAAUGACAAUACCCUAUGCCCAUUGUAAAGGAAUUCUUAUGGGAACAUUAUCUAUGGAAUUAGGUGGAAAAGUUCAUAUAAAUUGCGAAAAAACAGGUUAUCAUACUCAACUAGAAUUUAAACUCAAGCCAUUCCUUGGAGGUGCUGAACAAAUGAAUCAAGUUACAGGAGGAAUACGUCUAGGAAAAGAAACUCUUGCUACUAUAUCAGGGUAUUGGGAUGGUCAAAUACUAAUAACAGAUAAAAGAACAGGGCAAGAAAGUGUACUUUUCAAUCCUACUUCAGAGGUACGUAAGAAAAGAUUGAAAAAAUACACUGUACCUCUAGAAUACCAAGGUUUAUGGGAAAGCGAGAAAUUAUGGUAUGAUGUUACCCAAGCAAUCAAUAGAGAUGAUCAAGUUACUGCCACUGAAGCAAAACGUCAGUUAGAAGAAGCACAGAGAGAACGAGCUAAAGAACGAAAACUUAAAGCACAAGAAUGGGUUCCAAAGAAUUUUGUUCAGGAUAUCAUAACGGGUAAUUGGGUUUAUCGACAUGCAGAUGUUCGACCAUGGGAUCCUAGAAAUGAUGUUGUGCAAUACGAACAAGAUUAUAUAGUGCGUACAAAAACUAGACACAAAACACCGAUUAUGCGUACUGGAAGCAUCGUUUCCACUGAACCACAGUCCCAGGUUCCACUUCUUCAAGCUGAAUCACGUUCUUCACUCUCUGUAUUAAAAUCUUCCAAAAGACAAUUGUCUAAUAAUUUACCAUUAGCAGAGACUGCUCAUGAUUCUGGCAGUUCCUCUGCAGAAGUACAUUCAGAUUCUAGUCAGUCAGUAAGCAAACGGAAACGUUCUACUGCAAGGAUAAUAGAUGUUAUUAAAGAUGUAGAAAGACAGAUGAUAGAAUAUGGUGAUAAACUUAAUCAUGUACAACAUAUAUUAGAACAACUUGUUAUAAAACAAAGAGAACAAAGUGAUCAACACCAUAGUAUAAUUAUGUUGAAAAACUUCAUAGAUACAAUUCUUGUUAUUAUAAUAGUUUUUUCUGUACAAUACUUUGUAAAAAUAUGGACAGAUGAAACUAGCGGUGACUGAAGAUCGUACUAAUAAGAUCGUAGUAUAAAUUGUAUAUAUUACUUAUCUUGUCCCAAUUUUGAUCAUCAGCUUUUAUGUAAAAAAAAAAGCUUCGAAAGCAAACAUCCUAAAAUUUGCAGCACUUAAUUAACACGUGUUCUUGGUGGUGGUAAUAAAGGAUGUUGUUUUUAAUAGAGGAUCGUUACAGAAUAGAUUAAAACAAUUCAGAGGUAUUAAAAAUUCAUUGAGGUAA